ACCGUGAACGCAUGGCAGCUGGAUGGAGAGAAGCUUGCAGACUCCUGUUCAUGCUGCAGAGAUAUUACAGUUGUAUCUCUCUCCAUCUAAUUUGCUGUACUCAGAAUUUGAACCAGUUUGUGAAAAAUUCCUUCCAGUUCUCUUCGGUGCUCCAUUCUCAGAAAGGCAUGACUGACCAACCCCAAAUAUCAACUAACCUGGGGCUCUACAAGCCCCCUCCCACAGUCCGGGGGAUGACAGAACUGGACAGAGGUGCUUUCAGCCAGACAGUCAGUGUUCCUGCCAUACGGAUACCAACCGGUGUUCUCAACAAAGUGGUGAAGAGUUUGAAGAAAGUGGCACUACAGAGGCCGGGAUUUAAGCGGGUCGUCGAAGAUGGUAAUAAAGAUGGGAAAGAUUGCAGUAAUGGGGAACAUCGGCUGCUGUUAUUGGAUCCAAACAGCAUAACGUCGUCAGAAUCAUUUGGCAGUGAGGAGGCAGCAGCUUUGCAAGCAUUUGGGGUUCCUCAGGAGAUCCAGCAAUACGAACUGAAACUCACCUAUGAAAACCUUAAAAGUGAAGAGGUACUGCGAGCUGUACUUCCUGAGGGACAGGACGUGACAUCAGGAUUUAGCAGAGUGGGCCACAUUGCCCACAUGAACCUGAGAGACCACCAACUCCCCUACAGAAAAUUGAUUGGUCAGGUAAUCAUAGAUAAGAACCCUGGCAUUACCUGCGUGGUAAACAAGACCAACACCAUUGACUCCACUUACAGGAACUUCCAAAUGGAGGUUUUGGCUGGAGAAAAUAACAUGGUAGCAAAGGUACGUGAGAAUGGCGUAUUUUACGAGUUUGAUUUUUCGCAAGUGUACUGGAACUCUCGACUCAGCACAGAACACGAGCGUAUUGUUGCUCUCCUUCAACGUGGUGAAACAGUAGUGGACGUUUUUGCCGGGGUUGGUCCAUUUGCGAUACCAGCAGCCCAUCGAGGCUGUGAGGUCCUCGCUAAUGACUUGAACCCAGAGUCUUUCCACUGGCUCCAGCACAAUGUUAAGCUCAACAAGGUCCACCAAAAGAUUACAUGCUUUAACAUGGAUGGACGGGACUUCAUCCGGGGACCAGUGCGAGAGCGCCUGCCUGCUCUAAUGAAGGGAUCACAAAAGAUUCAUAUGGUAAUGAAUCUCCCUGCACUUGCUCUAGAGUUCCUCGAUGCUUUCAAGGAUCUGCUGGGCUCAGAGCCAGAUCAGGGUCUCUCCUUCAAGGAAAACCUGCCUCGGGUUCAUUGCUAUGGGUUCUCAAAGGAGGAUGAUCCCCAGAAGGAUGUAGUGGAGCGGGCAGAGGCAAGUUUAAAGGUUUCCCUGCAAGGACAGUGUUCUGUGCACAUGGUGAGGAAUGUGGCACCUAAUAAGGAGAUGAUGUGUGUUAGUUUCACUCUGCCAAAAGGAGUUCUGUACAGCAAGCACACCCAAGAUAGAGACAGCUCAGAGGAGCCGUGUCCAAAGAAACUGAAGUGUGAAGAUCUGACAGACUGAAGAAACUUAAGUUUCUUAACUUUAGUUCACCCAAAAAUGAAAAUUCUCUCAUCAAUUACUCAACCUAGUGCCAUCCUAGAUGUUUAUGACUUUCUUUCCUCUG